CAUGGCCCAAACCCAAAUUUCCUCCGGUGACGCGGACCUCUCUUGCUUUCCCGUCAAGAAUUUCUUUCUUUCUCCCUCACUCUUUACUUUCUGCUGAUUAUUCGCUGCGCCGCCCUCUACCUCCUUCCUCUCGGGCGGAUAUAUUCUCUAGGCUUUUGGGAUGCCUUGGAGGUGGGCAGAUGCUCAUCUGCCCAUUUUAAUGCCUUCCUUUCCGUCUACACCUCACCUUUAUUAUCCCCCUUUUCACUUCCCCGCUUCCCGAAUUUUCCCGGCCAUCAAAGUUCCCUUUUUUUUUUUCUGUUUCAACUGGAGAUAGCAUCGCCUCGGGAAAAUGGCUUCCUCCGAUGUCAGUUAUCUCUCCCAAUCUUGUAUCUACGGAGAUUCAGGAGAAAUGGAAUCACCAUACAAUCAGAGAAAAUCUGGCUUUAUGAAGUGGUUUAGCAAGCUCUUCAAAGGAUCAAGCCGAGGAACAACAUAUGGUAGGCGUCCGGAGGUUGUUGGGGAAGAGAACAUGUUUUGGCGUGGUCCAAGUAGACCCCUGGAUGACCGAUCGAGAGCUGAAAAUGAAGAUCUAGACCAUGCAAUAGCACUUUCUCUUGCUGAGCGUGCGAAGAAACGAAAUGGUCACAGAGGACGGGGCAAUGAUGAUGAAGAUUUCUCCAGAGCAAUUGAUGAAAGCUUGGGUGGCAUGCCUUCCUUUUGCCCAUAUAAUCCGAAUCCCAUACAAUUUUUACCUAGAGGAUUUAGAUUGUGUGGAGGCUGCAAGCAUGAAAUAGGAUAUGGCCAUUACUUAAGCUGCAUGGGAACCUUCUGGCAUCCUCACUGUUUUCGCUGCUAUUCUUGUGGUCAACAAAUCUCUGAAACUGAGUUUUCUCUGUCAGGGAGUUACCCAUACCACAAAACAUGCUACAAGGAAUUGCAUCAUCCCAAGUGUGAUAUCUGCAAUCAAUUCAUACCAACAAAUUUGGCUGGCUUGAUUGAGUAUAGAGCUCAUCCUUUUUGGGGCCAAAAAUACUGUCCUUCCCAUGAACAUGACAGCACACCACGCUGCUGUAGCUGUGAGAGAAUGGAGUCAAGAAGUGCAAGAUACAUUGCUUUGGGAGAUGGACGCAACCUUUGCCUGGAAUGCUUGGAUUCUGCUGUCAUGGAUACUGGAGAAUGCCAACCUUUAUAUCAUUCUAUUCGAGAUUUUUAUGAAGGUAUGUAUAUGAAAAUUGAUCAACAGAUCCCCAUGCUGCUGGUGGAAAGGCAAGCGCUUAAUGAUGCCAUGGAAGGAGAAAAGGAUGGACCUCAUCAUAUGCCUGAGACCAGGGGAUUAUGUCUGUCGGAGGAGCAAACUGUUAGCAGUAUACUCAAGAAACCAAGAAUUGGGAAAAAUAGAAUUUUGGACAUGCGAACGUAUCCUCAGAAGUUGAUCCGUAGAUGUGAAGUAACUGCAAUCCUUGUUUUGUAUGGACUUCCCAGGCUAUUAACAGGGUCCAUUCUUGCCCAUGAGUUGAUGCAUGGUUGGCUACGGCUCAAAGGCUAUCGAAAUUUAAGUCCAGAGGUGGAGGAAGGAAUCUGCCAGGUUCUUUCUCAUAUGUGGCUUGAAUCUGAGGUAAUGGCCGGGCCAUGUAUUCCACCACCCUCUUCAAAUUAUGCUUCCUCAUCAUCAAGUUCAUCUGCAACAUAUAAGAAAGGCGGAAAAUCGGAAAUUGAGAAAAAGCUCGGCGAGUUCUUCAUGCAUCAAAUUGCGCACGACAUUUCGCCGGCAUAUGGGGAAGGCUUCAGAAUGGCACAUGCGGCUGUUAAUAGGUACGGACUUCGUCGCACAUUGGAUCAUAUUCGGCAUACAGGAAGAUUUCCUAUUUGAAUCCAUUCAAGCUCUUUCAUGGUAUUAUAGUCAUGAAAGCUUCAAUUGCCACCCCUUCAUUUUUUCUUGGGGUCUUCUACAGUUCUUAUUCUGCCUUGAAAUGAAUUAAGCUGUUUUUAGUUGCAUUAAUAAGUUCCUCUAAGAGGAAGUGUCUCUGGAUUACCACCCUCAUGCAAUCGUUGUGAUUAUUCCUCUUAUAUUUAUGUUGCUGGAAACUAAUCAAACUAAAAGAUGCCAUAGGCUGUUUUUUAGCAUGCUUAAGUUGUAUAUGGCUUCUAAAAUGCUAAAAUGGACUGAAAUGUAAUUUUCUAAUGCCCUAUUUUGUAGUUAAUAUUUUCUAUUA